AUGGCAGGACAUGCAGUCGAUAGACUCUCGGAAACCGCAGCACCUACUUCAGCCUCUUGGAACCAAGUGGAACUCCUGCUGCAAGCUCUUCGAUCAUAUGGACAUGUCAGGCCAAAUGGAAGCAACGCGACGAAAGGUUGGCUUGUGGGUACGUUUGAAGUCGUUUCGUCGAAAGAAGGUGGAGAGGCAGAGUAG